AAAGUCGUGGGUUUUCUGAGGGCACUCCGGUUUCCUACCACAGGGAAAGUUGUCAGGGUGAGUUAGGAUAAACACAGUUAGGAAAGUAAUAUCUCAAUAGUUGUAAAGAUAAAUAGUCUACACGGCAAAAAACGCCGAGCCCGUUGCUCAACAGGACUGAACAAUGUUUUGCUGCCCACGUUGUUCACACUUGUCAACAAUAUUGAACAACGUUGUUGAGCCUGAAUCGGGUGUAACAAUAUUGUUCAAUCGGGUUCAACAAUAUUGUUGACAGCUAUGAACAAUGUAGGCAGCAAAACAUUGUUCAAUCCUGUUUUCAUCAGUAUUGCAUCAACCUGAACGUUUUUUGCCGUGAAGGCUAAGUAAGUAACAUGAACGUAAUUAUACUUGAUGUAAUCGGUCACUGAAAGCCACAAUGGCGUGUGAUCUGAAUAAUAGAGACCUUAAGAUUGACGUUUACGGCAAACGUCAAACCGCUAGCGAAGUUUUUGAUUUUACAACUCUAUUAUUAUAGCUUUCACACCAGUUUUGAAAUAUGUUAAACUUAUUAAACUUGUGCUCUUUAUCAAUGAUUUAAGAAAGCAAAUUAACCACUAGUCAUGCCAUUCACCAAAGCAGUAAAUUAAGAUUUGGCGUUUCAAGUUGACGUUUGGCGUAUAAAUUUCAUGCUUUAACGACUACAAGCCCUCGUAGCAGUUCAAGCAUGAAAUUUAUACGCCAAACGUAAACUUCAAACGGCAAAUCUUAAUUUACUGCUUUGGUGAAUGGCAUGACUAGUGGUUAAUUUGCUUUCUUAAAUCAUUGAUAAAGAGCACAAGUUUAAUAAGUUUAACAUAUUUCAAAACUGGUGUAAAAGCUAUAAUAAUAGAGUUGUAAAAUCAAAAACUUCGCUAGCGGUUUGACGUUUGCCGUAAACGUCAAUCUUAAGGUCUCUAAUAAUGUAAUGUAAUGUAACAAAGUCUGCGGUCAUGCACGUCUGUUUUUUUUGCUGUUUUUAAAGCAAAACCUGCAUCCGAGUUUUCUUAAAACUAUAAACGAUUUUCCCAUGUUUUUAAAAUCUUACCAAUUCUGAUAAUCCGCGUAAAAUUUAACAGCUGAAAGUCGAAAUUUAGGGACUUUAUAUUUUGCGACAUAUUUUGUACAUGAUCUCGCUUGAAUAUCCGCCAUUGUAUUUUAAUUACCUAUUACACCAAAUUCUGCGCAAAGGUUCUCCCAUGCAGUGGCAAGUGUCUUUUCGUAUUACGCGUGUGGGAAUUAGGAAAUGUUUAAGGUAAAGCAUCACGUUUGGCAAUAUUCAUUAGUACGCCAUUGAUAACAGCUUGCAUUGAAAACUAACAAAACAAUUGUACAACACUACAACAUACAUUCUCUAAUCGUGAAGCGUAUGGCUGAGAUUUGGCCGUGCAAGUACGUGUAUGUAGUUCAAUUUAUUAUGUAGUUUCAUCCAAUGUUAUUUAAAAUAAACCUUUGCUUCUUCUAAUUUUACAAAAAAGUACUAUCAGUCGUUUCUCUAUUUUAGAGUGUUGAUAACAGGACGAGCAACAAUGUAUUCAAAAUACUAUUUGUUGUAUUUACUCGUGCCAUUCACUCUCCUGGAAAUUGCGAAAGCCAGAUGUUUGAAUAAUGUGUAUAAUUCAAGGUUGAAAGGUAGGCGCCAAAUUUAUAAAAAGAUAGUACCGCAAGACAGUUACGUUGUAUUGUCAAAGAAUAGCAAAAUUGGAUAGUGUAAUCCUUACACUAUAAAUUGUAGAAAAACAGAGUUUACAUAUACUUUUUGAGAUCGCGCUUGAAAAAGCCAUGUUUUCUUCCAAAUAUAUUUUAGAAUUAUAGAUAAGUUUUAGAAUUACUUCCAGAUGCCAAUUGAUACUGUCAUUAUUUUAGGAUUCAAGCUUGAUACAACAGUUUUGAUGAUUAAAGUUGUUUCCGACAAGUUAGGUUGCUUAUUGGAAUGCCACAAAGAGGCAUGCUGUAGAUCAAUUAACUACAAAAAGACAUCGACCUUCCGGAAUGAACCAAAUUGUGAAAUAUUACACCACGUGGUCCACAAUAGUUCUGAGAAUGCAUUGAUGAAAAACUCUUCAUUCGAUUAUGUCUAUCUUGUUGACCCAGAAAAGGUAAGAUGAGUGUGGCCGUAUAGUAAAGUUUUCAACGAAAGCCAGAAUUAGUAUUUUAUCUCCUCUGUCCCUUGAAACAACGCAAAAAAAACAAAUGUGUGCCCAUGUAUGGUCUGAGAAUUCAAGCGGUUUUGCAAGGGUUUUUUUUUAAAUCAUUCAACUAUCUAAUUAGUAGCGUUAGUAUAUAACGACUGAUAAAUCACUUAGCUUUAGGGAAACCAGGGUAAGUCAUUAAUAAACUAAUACAGUAUAAUAGCUGAUAGGACUACUUCGCCUAAAAUCACUGCAAGCGAUGGUGAAAAUAGAUUAACGAGCUUUUUCACUGUAGGAAUACAAUGCCAGCUGUUUUGCAAACCAUUCAGAGGACAACGUCAGAGGUACCAUUAUUACAUUCAAUAAUUAGUGCAGAAAUUUGGUGAUUUAUUUUGUUAUUGUUAAAGGGAAAUGGCAAUAUAUUUUUUUAUUUUUUCAUUUGAGAGAACUUUUAAGACUAUAUAUAAUACCCUUUACCGUUUUUUUUAUAUCUUGCUUACUGCUACAAAUAUUGUGAUCGAAAGGUAUGAAAUGUCCGCCAUCUUCAUGAACAAUUUUUGUAGAUAUGUAUGCACGUCACAACAGGGGUCACGCAAUACUUUAAUCUAAACAACCACUAAUCAUUUUGCACUCAAAAUUAUACUCUGUCUGCCCUUCGAAGUUUUAAGAUCACAAAAAACCUUUCAAACACUCAUUAAUAAUUCAUAAGCUUAUUGGCAAAUCAUGUCACCCAUAAUAUGUCACGUGCAGUGGUUUUUAACCUGAUAAAACACUCCUAAUUAGUAUUCUUUAUUAAUUUCAAAUUUAUUAUAAAGAAUACUAAUUUCGCAGUAUCUAUUGUAGUCGUGUUCUCAUCAAAUUUGUUACAAAAAGUUUAUAUACUUAUUUCCAAACCUCGAUAAUUACCUCUGAAUUCCGCACUCCUUUUAUGACAGUUGGCCAUGGAGUAUUGCAAGGAGAUUGCCUCAGUCCUCUUCUUUUUAACAUGUGAUUUAAUUACAUUCAUUCAGCAUACCAAAGCUGAAAAGUACCGUCAAUUUGGGUUUUCCUUCUAAUUUCUAAAUCCCAUCCACAGGUUUCAGUUUGCUGAUGACGCGGCUGUAAUUACUGGGCAAGAAUCCGAAAACUAACAUCUAAUAAAUCGAUUUUCUAUCUGGUGCCAAUGGUCUGAUAUGAUUAUCCGAGUUGACAAAUGCAGUACCUUGGCAUUAAAAAAGCGAUCACAAAAUCAGUUCAGUACUUACCAAAACUCCUUAUCAGCAGUCAACUAAUACCAAACAUUACCAUUGGGCAAUAAUUUAAAUAUUUAGGACGUUACUUUGAUUUCCACAUGUCGAAUGAUAAACAUAAAACUAAACUAACCACCCUACUUAAUGAAGUAAUGACUGAUAUUGACUCAAAGCUACUGCGCCCCAAAUAUAAACUUCUCUUCUAUAGUCGCUAUGUCUUGUCCAAGUUAGCCUGGCACUUCACUGUCGCAAAACUCUCUAAAACAUGGGUUACUGAAAACAUCGAUUCUAUUGCCAACAAAGUUAUCCGCAGAUAGCUUGAAGUACCAAUAUCAAGAACACUAAGUACUGUCUUUCUAACAAACAACAAAUUUGGCCUGAGCAUUUAUCCUCCAUCUGUAAAUUUAUCCAAUGUCAACAGUCCUCUGAAAAGCUCUAAAAGUUGCGGGAAACCCUGGUUGGGGCUGGUCACGUGAUACCCCAGAAUCUGGGGUGUUUUGCUUUUUGCUCAAAAAACUUUAGUAAAUUCUGCACAAUAUAUAAUUAGUUACCAAUCUUCUAUGUAGGCGGAACUGUCAGUAUAAUUGUGUCAGUAAAUGAAUAAUUGUAAACCGCUAUUAUAUAGCACUAUUCACUUCGUAUCAUAUCUUAAUUCACUAGCGCAUUAUUAAUCUACCCGUCGAAGACUGCAGACUGGCAGUUGAAAGCUUGCCGUAACAAAUAAAUCUUUUUAACCAGAGACCGUUUACACAAUUAAUUAUGAAUCCUGGUUUCGCCUCCAAUAUUUUUAAACAUAUGAUGGAAUUGGUCUAAUUUCGAUAUGUAUAAACUAAAUUAAAUACACGAUCUUAUGUGCUGUUUAUUAAUAAAAGAGCAGGAGUGUUUUAUUAGGUUUAAAGCCACGAGCGCGCAGCGCGAGUGGCGUUAGACCUAAUAAAACACGACCUGCGAGUUUAUUAAACGGCUUCAGACAAGACUACAAAUUCAAUAGAUAUACUGCUUUAUUAGUAUUCUUUGCUUACUAUUUAGAAAAAAUAAAUAUAUUUAAAAAUCUUUAUAUAGUUUGCAUAACAAUGGUCUUUUGUUAAAGUAUUUUUUAGCUGGUAUAAAGACGUAUGCACGUGACUAAUUUCUUACUCAAGAUUGGAUAAUUGCUUCAUGAAUUAUUGAGUUUUUGAAAUAAAGAAUAUUGAUGAGGACACGACUACAGUGGAUACUGCCUUAUUAGUAUUCUUUAUAUAAAAAAUACUAAUUAGGAGUGUUUUAUCAGGUUUAAAGCCACUGCACGCGACAUAUUAUGGUUGACAUGAUUCGCCAAUAAGCGUAUGAAUUAUGAAUUAUUAAUGAAUGUUUGAAAGUUUGUACAAAGUGCCAUACCCAUGCAAGGUCCAAAAAGAUUUCGUCGUAAUUGAACAUUAUUCGAUAUAUUAAAUAUUUUCAAAAUGCUUUAUAAAAGAAGUGUGUUAUUAAUAUUGUUAUACAUCCAUGUUUUGCCGUUAUCGAUAAAUGUAUUGCUUAUAAUUGUUACUAGUGAAUGCGCGUAUGCCGUGCACAAUAUGAGACUUAUGACUCUAGGCUAAAUGUAUCAAAUGAAUGGUUCUGCCGACUGUGCGCACCACCUGUUGCUAAGAAGUCUAAAACAUCUGGGUAAGUUUUUUCUUAUUUAAUGUAAGAAAAAAAUCGGACUUUAACGCCAUCGUUUGGGGUGUGCAAAUCUCGUGGGGGCGAAAAUCCUGUGACAACGGCACUAGAAUGUUUUCGGGACCCCCUUCCUCCUCUCGUCUGCGACACUACCGGAGGUAGCUUCGCCGCACUGUACCGUCCACACAAAAUUAUUUGGCCCCAAUCUUAAUUCAGAGGUAUUGCGCGCGAAAGCGAGCAGCGAGAAUAAUUGGUACAUAUACUGUAUAAUAUAUAAAUAUCAAGUAUACUUUGUUGUUGAAUACAUUAUGGCGCAACGUCAAAAUUUUCCAUUGAGGCACAUUCGAUACUUUCUCCGUGCCUUAACCUUUUUAUUAUACCUAUUAUACAGUUCCGCAACAGAGUUGUGCAAGUUUUUAUGAAUCCGGGGAAAGAGAAGAUGGUGUUUAUACUGUUGAUCCUGAUGGCUUCGGAACAUUCAAAGUCUGGUGUGAUAUGCAAAAUGGCGGAGGUUGGACAGUAUUUCAAAGACGACAGGACGGAAGUGUAGAUUUCUAUCGUGGUUGGUCAGACUAUAAAGUUGGUUUUGGUAACUUGACCGGCGAACUCUGGCUUGGGUUGGAUAAAAUACAUCGUUUGACCACAUCUGCUGCUCAAAGUUCAUAUUUAAGAGUUGACAUGUGGGAUUUUGCUGGCACACACGCCUACGCCGAGUAUAAGAAUUUUUCUGUGGCUUCUGAGUCGGACAGUUACAAACUAAGUAUUGGUAUUUUUUCAGGUAAAUAUAUAUAACAAUUGACUUAUAGCAAGGCAAUAAAAGUUAGACAGAACAUAACCAUACUAAAUUUAUAAAAGUGUGUAGUACAGUAUAUAUACAUGCUUCUCUCGUAAAAUAUUGCUUGGUUUAAGUUGCAAGCAGUUUGUUUGUGUAAGCAGUAACUAAAAUUAAAAGACUUGAAAUACGGUGGACAACAGUAUACUAUAAGCAACAAUAUUUUUUUAAAAAAUGCGAAAAAUGUAGCUUUAUACAUGGUUCUUUCCAUCAAACGAACUCCCCAUGGAUUAAGAUCACGCUAUAUUCAUUCCUGAUACCAUGAUACUUUUUAUAUCAAAUAUAUCAAAGAUUCCAUGAGUGCAUGUUUCAACUUUAUGCGUAUAAUUGAAUUUUUUAAAAAUAUUGCUUUUAUCAGCCGACUAAUAAAAAAAAAUCCCACUUGACUCACGGAUCGUCUGAAAUGGGAUUUUCAGAGCCUUCUCUAGAGAGGGCAAUGAAAAUCUCAUUUCGGACGAUUUAGAAACAUCAGGUUACCAGUUACCCCUUCCUCUUUCCCAAUACGUUUACCAAUCUUCCUAAGCCCCCGAUAACAAGGGAGUGAAAAGUGAAGCCAAAAAUCCCAUGAUCGGAAUCUGAUAAGCAUACUCAAACUCCAAAAGUUUUGGGAUUUUUCUGAAUAUUUUAAGGCAAUGCUGGUGAUUCAUUCAGUAAUCUCAACGGAAUGAUGUUCACGACCAACGACAGAGAUAAUGACGUAAAUAUUGACCACAACUGCGCAAGGAGACGCCAAGGUGCUUGGUGGUACAAAGCAUGUGGCUACUCCAAUCUGAAUGGGCGGUAUUUCGCAACGUUAAAUAUGACUGCGAAAGGAUGUCGAAUUUCCUGUUACCAUUGGAAAAAUGAUUAUAGAACCGUCAUGAAGAAUAUUGAGAUGAAAAUACGUCCAUCUUAGAGACACACUCGUGCAAGGACACUAUUUGCAUAAAACGUGCAUGUUUAGAAUAAUAUUAAUAGUUUAAAUAAUCUUCAACAGUGGACGUCGUGUCGAACUGCGAACUUUUGUAGAUGAUACUACUACAGUAUAUCUGAAGAUUAAUAGAUUAAGACACUAAACUCGAUAAUUGCUGGACGUAAUUAUUGUUGUUGUGUAGCAAGGAAGAUGGUUUCUGCAUGCAUGUAUUUGUAGUUCU